AUGAAAGGAACUCCAACAUCAAUUGAUAGAUUGGCCUUACCGGAUACCGAAGAGGGUUGCCUUGGACUAUUGUCUGUUGAAUUGUACGAAGAAGAUCCCGGCUCAUCGUCGUACCAUGCCGAUGACUCCGAGUUGAGAUUUCGUCCGUCAUGUGACGGACAUCGUCAGAGCCAGAAACUCAUCACUUUACACCAAGAACAAGAAACUAUUGGCCAGGCAAGUUAA